GGCACAUCUCCUCACAUCGCUACUAACUACACUUUAUUCAUCCUCCGUGUCAGGAUAAACUCCACUCGUCUCACUCAAUUUUGGAGAUUAUUAGGCCCGCUUAGCUUGCUGUUGUUUUAGCGCGCUAGUUAGCUUAGCAUGCUAGUUAGCUUAGCCUGCUUGUUAGCUGCUAACAAAGAGACGCGGAUUUGAUCAAAACAUCGCUUAGUUAAGAUCAAGUGUGAGUGUAAAGUGUUGUGAUUGUGUGAAAAUUUGCGAAAGAACGAUAGCAGAGAACGAGGAGGAACUUUGUCCAACAAAAGAGGAGAAGGAGCGACAACAUCAACUAUUGGAGGCUGUUUUCAAGAAACAUCAAGUUGUGUUACACAGAACAGACGUCUGUGAAGAACAUCUUCAGCCUGAGCAACAGAAGUGGAGCUUCAGGAUGCGGACGGAGGAGCCACAUUCCACCCACUUUAAGAAGGAAGAGGAAUACCCACUGAUCCCCCAUUUUAAAGAGGAAGAGGAGGACCCACUGACACCCCAUUUUAAAGAGGAAGCGGUGGAUCCACUGAGAACUCACAUUAAGGAGGAAGAGGUGGAUCCACAGACACCCCAUCUUAAAGAGGAAGAAGAGAACCCACUGACCCCCCAUUUUAAAGAGGAAGAGGAGGACCCACUGACACCCCAUUUGAAAGAGAAAGCGGUGGAUCCACUGAGCCCUCACAUUAAAGAGGAAGAGGAGGAACACGGCAUCAGUCAGGAGGGAGAGCAUCCUGAAUGGUUGGAGGAGUUCCCAGUGACUGGUGUCCCUGUGAAGAGUGAAGAUGAUGAGGUCAAAGGUGAAAGUGAGGAGGAGAGAGAGGCGGAGCCUCCAAGCAGCAGCUCAACUCAACACAUGACAACAGAAGCUGAUGGAGACCACUGUGGAGGAUCACAAGCAGACAAGCUCUUAGCUCCACUAUCAGAUAGUGAGGACACAACGUCACACUCUCCUGACACUGAUGAUGAAGACUCUAAAGAUGAUAAGACAUGUCACACUGACAACACACACUUCACAUGUUCUCACUGUGACAAAAAUUUUAAAUCUCCUAGUAAUUUGAAAAGACACAUGAGAACACACACUGGAGAAAAACCCUUUUUAUGCUCAAUCUGUGGUAAAGGUUUUAUACAAAGUGGUUAUUUGAAAGCACACAUGAGAAUACACACUGGAGAAAAACCUUUUCUAUGUUCAAUCUGUGGUAAAGAUUUUACUCAAAGACCCCAUUUCAAAGCACACAUGAGAAUACACACUGGAGAAAAACCUUUUUCAUGUUCAAUCUGCGGUAAAGACCUUACUCGAAGAGACCAUUUCAAAGCACACAUGAGAUUACACACUGGAGAAAAACCUUUUUCCUGCUCAGAAUGUGGUAAAAGUUUUGUGAUAAAUCAAAGUUUAAAGGCACACAUGAGAAUACACACUGGAGAAAAACCUUUUUCCUGCUCAGAAUGUGGUAAAAGUUUUGUAAUAAAUCAAAGUUUAAAAGUGCACAUGAGAACACACACUGGAGAAAAACCUUUUAUAUGUUCAGUAUGUGGUAAAAGUUAUAAAGAAAGACAGCAAUUAAAAUCACACAUGAGAACGCACUCUGGUGAAAAACCAUACUCCUGUUCAAGCUGCAACAGAAGCUUUCGUCACCUAGACACUCUUACAGUACACAUGAGAACACACACAGGAGAGAAAGUGUUGAGUUGCAGUGUGUGUGGUGAAAGAUUCUCCUAUAAGUACCAGUGUAAGAAACACAAGUGUGCUGGUGAGAACAGCAGCAGCAAAUGAAGAUGCAGGAUUUGAAAUAAACUGUCAAAACUUUGUUAACUUUGACUUUCUAACAACAUCAGCACAUAUAACAUGUGUGACAACAUUGUUGUGUGUGUAACACAAUCUUGUUAUAAUUCUAACAUUUAUAGAUUAGACACUUCCGAUUAGUGCUAUUAUUUCAGUCAAGUACAUGAGUUAAUAUACACGUUUGUGUACUUUAAAAUGAACAGAACAAUUUGACUGAAAAGAUGAGAAUAAACAGUACAUAAAAUAUGUUACAUACAAUAAACAUUUUAAGUGUAGAUAUUCAUAAUUCACUUUUAUAUUUAUUCAUAAUAGUGUUUUAUAUAUGUUUUUUGAAUAAUGAAGUGUUACAUAUUUUAUUUUCUAAUUGUAGAUGAUUCCAUAGAUGAACUCCUUUAUAUGAUAUACAUAUUUGUUUUACAUGUGUUCAUACCUUUGCUUUUGAGUACACAUAAAUUAAUUAAAUUAAUUAAAGUACCAAUGAUUGUCACACACACACUAGAUGUGGUGAAAUUUGUCCUCUGCAUUUGACCCAUCCCCUUGGGGAGCAGUGGGCAGCAGCGGCGCCACGCCCGGGAAUCAUUUUGGUGAUUUGACCCCCAACUCCAACCCUUGUUGCUGAGUGCCAAGCAGGGAGGUUAUGGGUCCCAUUUUUAUAGUCUUUGGUAUGACUCGGCUGGGAUUUGAACUCCAACCUACCGAUCUCAGGGCGGACACUCUAAUCCCUCUCAGUUCAUAUUUACUGGUUCACAUCUGAAACAUCUUCUGGACCACUUCUGGAAGCAUAUUAUUAUUUACUUUAUACAUCAUUUGAACAUUUGUCUUUUAUACAAUUUUAAAAUGUGUGACUUUUUGAAUAAUUAGUUGGAUCUCUAUAAUCCAUUCUAUUAAUUGUCUUUAUUACUCUCCUGUGUAAUAUGAAUAUUGUUAUGUGAUUGUUUUAUAUGUAUGUCC